AUGCCAGGCCGGCGUGGAAAUGUGCCGUACCGGCCGCCAUCACAGGCGAGCUCACGGUCACGGCGAUCGGAUCGACGCAACAGCAGCGUUGGCGGCGACGACGCGAAUGACAACCACAGCUACAGGAGCCACCGAAGCCAUACUGACGACGAUGCCGACAACCACAGCCGCUACGCGAGCAGCCACGACAGCCGCAACAGCCGAUACGACGACGGCGGCGGCGCCUCGUCGACGUCGGUGCCCGUCGAGACGCUGGUCGAGCACUUGCUGGCCGCGCGCCGCGCGCUCGGCACGAUCAGCCAGGUGCUGCGCAGCAACGAGCUCGCGAUGGACGCGCGGCGGCUGUAUACGGGGGCCAUGGCCGAGGCGGCCAAGACGGGAUUUCUGCGGAACGGCAUCCGCCAGCAGGCGGCCAUCCUCCUGCAGAUCCGCCGGGGCAUGAGCCAGGCGUACGAUGCAGGCCGGCGCGACUUCCGGAUGCUGAUCCGCACGCUCGACGCGGCCAACGGACAGCUCGAGCACACGAUGGAGAUUCUGCGGGCGACGACGGUGGCGGCGGUGUUCCGGCCGGCGGGCGAGGUGCCGCGGACGCUGCUGGACUUUGUGGACGAGGCGGGCGUGGAGGCGUUGCGGGACGCCAUCAAGCAGAGCAUUGCGGAGCUGCAGGCGGCGCAGACGUCGUUUGACGGCGACUUGCUGCGGUUCGACACGGACCUGCGAGCGCUCAACAAAGCCAUGGCGGCCGCGCCGCCGCCGCCGCCGCCGCUGCCUCUGGUGCCGGAGGACGGCGACAGCAGCCGCGAAAUGGGCAGGGAAGACGAAGACGACGGCGACGCGCCUGCCGCAUCGCCCUACCCCGUGCCGCACCUGCUGGCCACACUCACGCAGCGGUCCCACCGGAUGGCCACGAACCUGACGUCGCUGACGCGCCACUUUGACCUGUGCGUGACGGCCGUCAAGACGACCGAGGGCGGCCUGGAGAUGGCGCGCUGGAAGGCGGCAGCGGGCAGCGGCCCGCCGCAGCAGGACCCCGUGUCCAUCUCCGGCAUGAUUGCCGAGCACGAAGGCCGCGGGAACCGCGGUAGUGGUGGGGACGGCGCAGAGGCCGACAAGGACGCCCUGCAGCCCGUGUCGCCCGAGGAGCGCGCCGAGAUGAUCCAGGUGGUGCUGCAGGACGCGGCCGAGGUCGACGAGGUGGUGGCCGACAUGGCCGCCGACCUGCACGCGGCCGAGGCGGCCUUUGCGGCCGUGCACGCGCACGCCGAGGCGACGCACGCGUCGUCGGUCGCGACCGGCCAGGCGUUGGCGGUGCUCCACGACAUUGGCAGCCGGCUGCGCAGCUACGCCGCGGCCGAGUCCGAGUUUGCCGCGCGGUGGGCCAACGAGCGCGCCGUCGUCGCGGACCGGCUCGCCGACAUGGACGAGCUGCGCGCGUUUUACGAGGGUUAUGCGCACGCCUACGACACGCUGAUCCUGGAAGCCGAGCGGCGGCGCACCGUCGAGGCCAAGAUCCAGACGGUGUGGCGCAAAGCGCGCGACGCCGUGGAGCGGCUGGUCGAGGCGGACCGGGCCGAGCGGGCCAACUUCCGGCAGGAGGUGGGCGAGUUCUUGCCCACGGACCUCUGGCAGGACAUGGACCGGCCGCCCAAGGGAGUGGAGCUGUUUGCGUCGAUGCUGGAAAUGCAGCAGCGGCAAAGGCCAGGCGGCAACGGCGACGGCGACGGCGGCGGCGGCGGCGAGGCGGGCCAAGGCCAAGGACAGGGGAUGGCGGCGUCGGCCGCAUCGACCACGUCAAAGAGCGCGGCGACCAAGGCGGCACCCCGGCGGAAACGAAGCCCGCGCCACGACGAGGCCGACGGCAGCAGCGUGUCGAACAGUCUUCUGGGAGAGACAGGCACAGAUGCCGGCGGCAGCAGCACGCGGACCGUCGUGGGACGGUAG